GUCGACCAGUUCAAAGAAAGAGAUAAAACCAAAACACAGUUUGUGUUCAGUUCAUUCGAUAGUGUGAAUGUCAAGAUCAUGCUGCUUCUACUAACAAUUUUCUGCUUACCCCUUUUGACCCACUCCUACAAAGAUCCUCAUUUUCGGGGCGACAGGAACACGAUAGUGCAUUUAUUUGAGUGGAAAUGGGACGACAUUGCCAGCGAAUGCGAAAAUUUUCUCCAACAUAAAGGUUACGCGGGAGUUCAGGUAUCGCCUCCGAACGAAAAUUUAAUAAUUGAGGGCAGGCCUUGGUGGGAACGAUACCAGCCUGUGAGCUACUUAUUGAUUACAAGAUCGGGUAACGAAAGUUCUUUUAAAAAUAUGGCCAAACGAUGUAAUGCCGUCGGUGUCAGGAUAUACGUCGAUGCCGUUAUCAAUCACAUGUCUGCUGAAAAUGGCAUUGGUACAGCCGGAAGCGUAGCAAAUGCCACGUAUAAAUAUUUCCCAGGUGUGCCGUAUGGACCGAAUGAUUUUAACGAGCCUUGCGAGAUUACGAACUACGACGACAACGUAAACGCCAGGAACUGCGAAUUGGUGGGACUGAAGGACCUGGAUCAAGGAAAACAAUACGUGCGAGACAAAAUCGUCGAAUUCAUGAACCACCUGAUAGAUCUAGGUGUGGCAGGCUUCCGAAUGGACGCAGCUAGACACAUUUGGCCGCCCAACCUCAAAGAAAUUUAUUCCCGCCUGAAAAAUUUGAACACUCAGUACGGUUUCCCUGAAAGCGCUCGACCUUUCAUUUAUCAAGAGGUAUCCAACAUGGGUAAGAUUUCCAAUCGCGUUAUCCGCUUUCUAAUUUCGAAUUCAGACAGAGAUUAUGCAAACCUUGGGACUUUAGUGGAAUUCAAAUAUGGCAGGUCCUUAAGCAACGUAUUCCGCGGAAAUGACAAACUGAAGUGGUUGGUUAAUUGGGGCCCUGGGUGGGGGUUACUUGAUGGUCUGGAUGCUGUUGCCUUCAUUGACAAUCAUGACACACAACGUGAGCAGAAUGGACAGAGCUUGACUUACAAGAGUGCCAAGCAGUACAAGAUGGCGAUCGCUUUCAUGCUGGCGCAUCCUUACGGGACCACAAGGAUAAUGUCGAGCUAUGCUUUCACGGACUCUAACAAGGGUCCUCCGGCUGAUAACAAAGGCAAUAUAAUUUCCCCAGGUUUCAAUUCCGACGACACGUGCACAAAUGGAUGGAUUUGUGAGCACAGGUGGAGGGAAAUUUAUGACAUGGUGGAAUUUAGGAACGUUGUUGCCGGAACUUCUAUCGAAAACUGGUGGUCCAACGACGAUCAACAAAUAGCUUUUUGUAGAGGCAAUAAGGGUUUUAUAGUUUUCACUAAUUGGGGUGAUGUUGAACGGGAUCUGCAGACGUGUCUUCCACCAGGGAUUUAUUGUGACGUUAUAUCUGGGAAGUUGGUGGGUGGAAAUUGCACUGGAAAAUCUGUUACGGUAAAAAGAGACGGCAAGGCUUUUAUUAAAUUGGGAGCUUUGGAGUUUAAUGGGAUGCUAGCUAUUCACGCUAAAUCCAAAGCACGAUAACGCUGUGUAUACGAGCUUGUAGGAUUAAUUUUUUUAAAUAAACGGUUUAUUCCA